AUGAAGAUGUUGCUGGUUCUAUUUGUCCUAAUCUUUUGGAUUGACACAUCAGCUGAGCAGAGUCCAGGACCAGGCCCGGAGUAUGCAGAUAUCGUGUUUCUGGUGGACAGCUCUGAUAAACUGGGAAUUAAGUCUUUCCCAUUUGUGAAAACAUUCAUUAGCAAAAUGAUCAACAGUCUCCCCAUAGAGGCCAACAAAUAUCAAGUGGCCCUGGCCCAGUACAGUGAUGAACUCCACAAUGAAUUUCAACUGAAUACCUUCAGGGGCAAGAACCCUAUGCUGAACCAUCUCAAGAAGCAGUUCGACUUCAUUGGUGGAUCACUGAGAAUAGGAAAAGCACUCCAGGAGGCUCACAGGCUCUAUUUCUCUGCACCCACAAAUGGAAGAGACAAGAAACAGUUUCCCCCCAUCCUGGUGGUCCUGGCUUCAGCUGAGUCUGAAGAUGAUGUAGAAGAAGCAGCUAGGGCCCUGCAGAAUGAUGGGGUGAGAAUUGUCUCUGUGGGAAUGCAGAAAGCUUCUGAGGAAAACCUGAAAGCCAUGGCCACGUCUCAGUUUCAUUACCGCCUUCGUACAGCCAGAGACCUCAGCACGUUUUCCCAAAACAUGAUGCAGAUCAUCAAGGAAGUAACCCAGUACAAGGCAGGAGCAGUUCAUCCUGAUAUAGAAAUUCCAGUGUCCGUAAGAUGUCAGGGAGAGUCACUUGCUGAUCUUGUGUUCCUGGUGGAUGAGUCUUUUGACACCAGACAAAACUUAAGGGAUCUACAGAAAUUUCUGGAGAAUAUCACUGCCACCAUGGAUGUGAAGGACAACUGCAUGCGACUUGGACUGAUGAGUUACAGUGACAAAGCCAAGAUUAUUUCUUCUCUGAAAUCAAGCACAACCCAGGUUCAAUUUCAGCAGCAGAUCCAGAAACUUUCUAUCCAUACUGGGAAAUCCAAUGCUGGGGCUGCCAUUGAGAAGAUGAGGAGAGAAGUCUUCUCUGAGGCAGGUGGUAGCAGAAGAGCUCAAGGAGUUCCUCAAGUCGCAGUCCUGGUCACCCACAGAUCAUCAGAUGACCAGGUGGCUAGGGCUGCAGCGAAACUUCGACGGAAGGGUGUGACUGUGUUUGCUAUAAGCAUCCCAGGAGCCAACAACACACAGUUAGAAGAAAUAGUGUCUUACCCUCCACAACAGACAAUAGCCAUGAUGAAUUCUUACGCAGACAUGAAAAAGCACAGUAAGGCAUUUCUGAAAAAGCUCCAGAUUAAAACAUGGUCCUACAUUUUUCAUCAAGCUGGACAAACAGACCUUGAUAAAGCUGGCUGUGUGGACACAAACGAGGCUUAUCUCUAUUUCCUCAUUGAUGGCUCAGGAAGUAUCCAGCCAGAACAGUUUGAGGAAAUCAAGGAAUUUAUGUCACAGGUGACAGAAAUAUUUAACACAGGUUCAGACGAAAUCCGAGUUGGAGUUGUGCAGUACUCCAAUGAGCCAAGAGUGGAAUUUGAUAUUGGUGAAUAUUCUAAUAAUGUUGACUUAAAGAAGGCUAUUUUUAACAUCAAGCAGCUAACGGGUGGAACACAAACAGGGAAAGCCCUGGAUUAUAUGCAGCAAAUAAUAAAAGAAGGAAGGGAACAUUGGCAACCUGACAUUCCUGUUUACCUCAUUGUGCUGACUGAUGGGAAGUCCUCGGACAGCGUCCUGGAACCUGCGGCGAGGGUGAGGGCUGAAGGAAUCAUUAUCCAUGCCAUUGGCAUUGGAGAGGCCAAUAAAACAGAACUACAAGGCAUUGCUGAUGAUAAGCAAAGGGUUAGUUAUGGGAAGAACUUUGAUUCUUUAAAAAUGAUUAAAAAUGAAGUUGUUCACAGCAUCUGCACUGAAAAAGGAUGUGAAAACAUGAAGGCUGACAUUAUGUUUCUGGUGGACAGUUCUAACAGUAUAGGAAAUACCAAUUACCAGAAAAUGAUAACUUUCAUAAAAGGCCUGCUAGCUAAAAUCAAAAUUGGUCGGGAUAAAUCCCAAAUUGGUGUUGUUCAGUUCAGUACUGAGACUAAAGAGGAGUUCCCGCUUAAUAAGUAUUUUACACGUAAAGAAAUUCUUGAUGCCGUAGACAGAAUGGCUCUCAUCAGUGAAACCACUGAGACUGGAAAAGCGCUGACCUUUGUAGCUCAAUACUUCACCCCCUCAAAGGGAGCCCGUCCUAAGGUUAAAAAGUUUCUCAUCCUCAUCACUGAUGGAGAAGCCCAGGGGAGUGUGAAAGAAGCUGCUGAAGCUCUUCGGAACAAAGGUGUGACCAUCUUCUCUGUGGGGGUGUCUGAGGCCAAUAUAACACAGCUAGAGGAGAUCAGUGGGGAUGCCAACCUUGUUUUCCGAGUUGAGAACUUUGACCAUCUAAAGGCCAUAGAAAGUAAACUCAUCUUUCGCGUGUGCACUGUCGAUGAGUGUAAAGAUAUUCAACGGCUAGACAUUGUGUUUGUGUUGGAUCAUUCAGGCAGCAUAAGUGACGAAGAUCAAAAAAGCAUGAUUAACCUAACUGUCCACUUGGUGAAGAAAGCAAAUGUUGGCAAGGACCAAGUUCAGUUUGCAGCUUUAAAAUACUCCAACAGUCCUGAGGUUCUUUUCUACCUUAAUACGUACACAAGAAAAUCAAAAAUUGUGGCGGAUCUGAGGAAUCUUAGGGUCACCGGUGGGGAUACCUACACUGCUAGAGCUCUCGAGCACUCAAAUAUCCUGUUCACGGAGGAAUACGGUGGCCGCAAGAAGCAAAAUGUGAAGCAGAUGCUGAUUAUCAUCACCGAUGGAAAAUCCCAUGACCGAGAUGAUCUCCAGGACACAGCACUGAAGUUAAGAAACAAGGGCAUCACCAUCUAUGCAGUGGGUGUAGGACAGGCUGACCGAAAAGAACUUGAGAUGAUAGCAGAGAAAAAGGAAAAUGCUAUUCAUGUAGAAAGUUUCUACAAACUGAAAGAUAUUUACCAGCUUCUACAAGAAAAUCUGUGUGGAGUUUCAUCAGAGGUUUGCAAACUUCAAGAAGCUGAUGUGGUUUUCCUUUGUGAUGGUUCAGAUAAGGUAUCUCUUCCAGAAUUUGCUACCAUGAAAACUUUCUUGUCAGGCUUAAUUGAUAAUUUUGAUACUCAGUCUGGAAGAAUAAAAAUUGGGAUUGCUCAAUUUGGGAGCCGCUAUCAAGAAAUUGUUGAUUUGGAAAGCUCUUUGAAUAGAACCAAGAUGCAGAUUCACAUUCAAACUAUUGACAGAAGCGAAGGGAAUCCACGAAUUGAUACUGCCCUUCAACAUGUGAGGUCUAUGUUUGAUUCUUCUGCUGGUGGGAGACGAAAUGCUGGCGUCCCUCAAACUUUGAUUAUUAUCACAUCUGGGGAUCCACUAUAUGAUGUGUCAAAUGCAAUCAAAACUCUGAAAGACUAUGGAAUUUGUAUUAUAGCUUUGGGAAUAAAAGGUGCUCAUAAAGAACAACUUCUGCAAAUAACAGGCAAUUCUGAAAAAAUUAUCACUUAUUCAGACUUCAAUAAAUUAAUGGACAAGAAUGUGAAAAAAAGAAUGGUUCGUGAAAUCUGCCGGAGCUGCGGGGACAGCAAUUGCUACAUUGAUGUAGUGGUGGGGUUUGACAUUUCCACCCUCCUGGAGGGACAGCAUUUAUUCCACGAGAACUCCCGGCUGGAAUCCUACCUCCCAGGCAUCUUAGAGGAUAUUAGUUCCACCAGGGGGGUGAGCUGUGGGGCAGGUGCAGAGACCCAGGUGAGCGUGGCCUUUAAAGUGAACAAUGACAGAGAAUUCUCCUCCAAGUUCCAAAUCUACCAGAAAGCAAUAUUUAACAGGCUGAAACAGGUCACUGUUAAUGGACCAACUCAUCUGACUGUCGACUUCCUGCAGUCAUUGUGGAACACAUUUGGAACUGCAUCUGAAUCCCGAGGACAGGUACUCCUCAUCUUUUCAGAUGGCCUUGACGGCUCUGACAUCAAAAAACUUGAAGAUCAAUCAGACAAGCUCAGAGAAGCAGGACUUGAUGCUCUGCUGGUGGUCUCCUUAGAUGCAACUACUUAUGAUGAGUUUUCCAGCUUUGAAUUUGGAAAAGGAUUUGAUUACAGGACUCACUUGACCAUUGGAAUGAGAGAACUUGGCAAAACACUAUCAACAUAUCUGGGGAACAUUGCAGAGAGGACAUGCUGCUGUGCCUUUUGCAAGUGUUCAGGACCUCCAGGAACUCCUGGGACCCGAGGACCAAAGGCCUUGAAGGGAUCUCCAGGUCUCAAAGGCAGCCGAGGACACCAGGGAGAGAACGGCGACCCUGGAACACGUGGAGAUCCUGGACCCCUAGGAGAGAAAGGGCUUAUAGGAUGUCCAGGAGAGUUAGGCCAAAAGGGAGUCAAAGGAUAUUCUGGAUAUAAGGGGGAAAAUGGAGAGGAUGCAAUUGAUGGGGUCGAUGGAGAAGAGGGCUUUCGUGGAUUCUCCGGAAAGAAGGGAGAAAAGGGUGAUCCAGGAUCCCAGGGUAGCCCAGGUUCCAGAGGCUUCCCUGGGGAGCAUGGAGAGAAGGGUUACCCAGGAAAUCCUGGUAACCCAGGACAGAACAGUAACAUCAAAGGACAAAAAGGUUCCAAAGGAGGACAAGGAAGACAAGGUAGACCUGGACAGAAAGGGACGAAAGGCAGUCCCAGUCCCGGAGGAAGCAGGGGAAGAGAAGGCCAAAGAGGACCCCCAGGUGUCCCGGGGCAACCAGGAAAUUUGGGACCUAAAGGUACACCUGGAGAUGAAGGAUUACAAGGACCACAGGGGCUAAAUGGAAUUUAUGGCAAGAAAGGAGAAAAGGGGAGCCAUGGGCAUAAAGGACCCCAGGGUUCUUUGGGACAAGCAGGACCUAAAGGGAACAUUGGAAGACCUGGACUUUUGGGCAAAAAAGGAGAACCUGGAGUUCUUGGAGAACCAGGACCAACAGGGCAACGAGGACAGAGAGGCCGACAGGGAGAUUAUGGCAUCCCGGGCAGUGGUCAGAUGGGACGAAAAGGAGUAAAGGGCUCACGAGGAUUUCCUGGAGAUAUGGGGCAGAAGGGUGAUGUUGGCGAUCCUGGAAUGCCUGGGGGUCCUGGACCCAAAGGAUUCAGGGGACUAACUCUCAAUGUAGGCUUGAAAGGUGAAACAGGAUCUCCAGGACCUGAUGGUCCUCCUGGACAGAAAGGCCCUAAAGGCAUGCCUGGGCAGUCAGAACAUUCUCAGUGUGAACUGAUAGACUUUGUGCGGAAACACAGUCCUUGCUGGGAAGGUAAGUGUCCUGUAUAUCCAACAGAGUUGGUGUUUGCCCUGGACCAGUCCUACGACGUUACAGAGCAGAUAUUUAUGGAAACAAGGGACCUCAUCGUUUCCAUUGUCAAUGACCUGAACAUCAGGGAAAAUAAUUGUCCUGUGGGAGCAAGAGUUGUUGUAGUUUCCUAUGACUCAGAUACCAACUAUCUCAUCCGCUGGUCCGACUAUCAUAGCAAGAAGCAACUCCUCCAACUUCUUUCCCAAAUAAGGUAUCAAAACACCGCAAACGCCGCAGACAUUGGCAAUGCGAUGAGGUUUGUGGCCCGGAACGUUUUCAAGAGGACUUAUGCGGGAGCCAAUGUGAGAAGAGUUGCUGUGUUUUUCAGCACUAGUCCAAUAGCCAGCAGGUCGUCCAUCAUCACUGCUACCAUGGAGUUUAACGCUCUUGGUAUCAGUCCAGCCGUGCUCACUUUUAACAAAAGAGAAUUCCUCGAUGACGUAUUUGGGUUUGACAACACUGGAACAUUUCAGGUGAUUCCAAUUCCAACACUUGAGGACUACCAUGAACCAAUAGAGAGACUUCGGCUCUGUUCACUUUGCUAUGAUAAGUGUUUUCCAGAUACUUGCAUCAAAGAUAUUUUUGUACCUGAAGGUACAUAUAUGGAUGUGGCCUUCCUCUUAGACAAUUCUCAACAUAUUACAAAUGAUGAGUUUAAGGCCAUGAAGACAUUGGUGAGCUCAGUGCUUGACAACUUUGACAUUACUUCAGACCCUUCCAUUUCAACCUCUGGUGAUAGGAUUGCCUUGUUGAGUUAUUCUCCUUGGGAUAGGAGAAGGAAAACUGCAGUGAAAACAGAGUUUGGAUUUACACAUUUUAAGAACCAAGCCCUAAUGAAGAGAUACAUCCAGAAUUCCCUCCAACAGUUACAUGGAGAAGUCACCAUUGGCCAUGCCCUACUGUGGACCAUGGAACAUCUCUUUCCAGAAACACCCAACCUAAGAGAAUAUAAGGUCAUCUUUGUGAUCUCAGCUGGAGAAAAUCAUGAGAGAAAGGAAUUCUUAAAGAGGAUGGCUAUGAGGGCCAAGUGUCAAGGCUACAUCAUAUUUGUGAUUUCACUGGGCUCUACGUAUAAGGAUGAAAUGGAGGAGCUAGCCAGCUACCCACUUGAACACCACCUGGUACAGCUUGGAAGAGUUCAUAAACCAGAUCUGGAUUACAUUGUGAAGUUUACUAAGCCACUUAUUUAUUCAAUUAGACGAGGAUUUAAUCAGUACCCACCACCAAUGCUUGAGGAUGCCUGUAAAGCCAUACUUUCAGAAGAGGAUUUGCAAUAUGAGCAUUUCCAGUAUACUAACAAGCCACAUGAGAUGUUUUCAGGAGAGGACACCUUCUUUGGGGAUGAUUUAAGUGCUGCGAGCGACUCAUCUUUUCUGUUGGAAGAAAACAGAAGUGACCAUUUUGUUCAUAUUCCAAGUCAAAUAGUUAAACCACAGAAAUUAAUGAGUAAAUACGAAAAUGAUCAGGCUCCUGAAGAAAUGGCAAGCCUCAUUUCUGGACAUGAAAAUCAUGGCACAAAAGAAGAAUCAAGUUCAGCUUAUGAACCUGGAAAUACCUCUCUUCAAGACUAUUACAUGGAUGUGGCUUUCCUCAUAGAUGCUUCCCAAAGAGUAGGACAUGAUGUGUUUGAAGAAGUGAAAGCUUUUAUAAUCUCAGUGCUUGAUUACUUUUAUAUUACCCCAAAUCCCCUGACCUCUGCUUUAGGAGAUAGAGUUGCUGUCCUGAGCUACUCUCCUUUGGGUUAUAUGCCCAACACAGAAGAAUGCCCAGUCUACCCAGAAUUUGAUUUGGCUACUUAUAACCAUGUAUACCAAAUGAAACAUCAUCUCCAAGACUCUCUUCAACACCUCAAUGGAGAUGUUUUUAUUGGCCAUGCUCUGCAGUGGACAAUGGAAAACAUCUUUGUAGGAAUCCCCAACCCUAGGAAAAACAAAGUUAUCUUUAUAAUAUCUGCUGGUGAAACCAACCCUUUAGACAAAGAAGUCUUAAUGAAAGUGUCUAUGAGAGCCAAGUGUCAAGGCUACUCUAUAUUUGUGUUUUCCUUUGGUCCUAUACACAAUGAAAAGGAAUUAGAAGAGCUAGCCAGCUACCCAUUAGAUCAACACUUAGUUCAGCUUGGCCGAAUCCACAAGCCAGAUUUGGACUAUAUCAUCAAGUUCAUCAAGCCAUUUGUCUAUUCAAUCAGACGUGCCAUCAACAAAUAUCCCCCCACACAUCUGAAACCCAAAUGUGGUAAUAUCACCUCUCCCAUUCCAGACAACGUUGGAACAGAAAACAUUGAAUUCUUUCUUCCUGAGAUUUAUGAACUAGAGUCAAAAAAUAGUGAGCCGUUUGGUGAAUUUGAUUUCCAGGAACAGCAUUUCUUUGUAUUAGGCAGCAAUCAUAACGAUGGUUCUGGGACUGCUACUGAUUUGAUCCAGAAGUUACAUACACUCUUUGCAACUGGAGAAAUGAUGAUGCAAGAAAAGGAAGAGGCACAUGCUAAAGAAAUCACAGCUUCAGAAAAUUAUAAACAACAAGGAAAAAAAGGUAACCUUGAGUACAACAGAGUUGUGAAGUAG